AUGUUAUGUUUUUUUUUCUUCUGGUUGCAAUGCCAGAUCACGCCAUUGACAACUUUUGUAAAGGUACUACUUUCUAUUACCCCAUGUCUUAUCAAAGCUUGGAGAAAACCGCAACCAGGGCUUGUCGCUAGGUGGAUAGCUUAUGCAUACACAUGCGGUUUUCUAUUUGGAUGGCAUGUACAUGAGAAAGCGUCGCUUCAUUUCACUAUCCCACUUGCAAUCGUUGCAGUUCAGAGUUUAGAAGAUGCUAAACACUACUUCUUGGUUUCCAUCGUGUCUUGCUACUCGCUCUUUCCACUCUUAUAUGAGCCGCAAGAAUACCCAAUCAAGGUUCUGCUGCUGUUACUCCACGCCAUGGUAAUGUGGCUAGGCUUCUCGGCUCAGUACUUAGACGAGAAGGCGUUGAAGAAGGAGAAAGCUGGUGAAAUCAAGAGCAAGUUUGAGAUUGGACGUGUUGAGAAAACCUAUCUGAUUGGUUUGGUUUUAGUAGAGAUAGUGUCUCAGUUCUUGCAUCCGUAUUUUCUAGGUGAUAGAUAUGCAUUCAUGCCUUUAAUGUUGAUCUCAACCUACUGUGCCGUUGGUAUCAUGUACACUUGGAUUUGGCAGCUUCGUAAGAUCCUGGCAUGA